AUGAAUUUUGGUAAUUCCCUCGAGAAUAUUGUGAGAGACGGUACUCCUGUUAUAUUAUGUGGCGAUUUUAAUUUUCCUGAAAUUGAUUGGGAACUGCAAGUAGCACCUGGGUGUGACAACUUACCCAAUAUUUUCUGCGACAUGAUAAACGAUGCUUUUUUGAGUCAGAUGAAUUAUUCUCCGACAAGGGUUUCUGACUCAACAAGCAACAUUUUGGAUUUAGUUUUUACAAAUCUGCCGGAUCAGCUUUACGGUCUUUCAACAUUCGAUUGUCAACUGAAUACCGAUCAUCUUGGAAUUUCAUUUUUCCUUAAGACAACUGUGAAGCGAACAAAAUUUUCACGUUUUGUGUAUAAUUUUAAAAAGGCUGAUUUCGAUGGGUUAAGAGAAACUCUUGCGCACACACCAUUUGAAAUGCUACUCGACUGUGAUGAUAUCGACCAAUGUUGGGAAAAAUGGAAAGAUGUAUUUCUUACUACCGCUGAAAUGUUUAUCCCAAAAUGUAAGGUUAGAGAUGCAAAGGCACCAAAAUGGAUAGAUGGAGAUGUUAUCAAUCUCUCUAAGUGUAAGAACAGAAUGUGGAAAAAAGCUAAAAAAUCUAACUUAACAAGUGAUUGGGAAAAUUACAGAACUAUUCGUAAACAGCUAAAAACGUUGACUAAAAAGAAAUAUCGUGAACAUCUCGCAACUAUGCAGGAUGAGUUAAAGGAUAAUCCUAGUAAGUUUUGGUCAUUUUACAGAGCCACAACAAAAACAGCCAGGAUACCAAAAAUUGUUCAUCUCAGUGGGGAGAAAGCCUCAACGCCUUCUGCUAAAGCGGACAUGUUGAACAAAUUUUUUGCGUCCGUUUUUCAAAAAUCUGACCAUGGAACAGAGAUAAAUCAUGAUGUGUUUCAUCCUCGAGUUGACGAAUUGCAUAAUUUACAUGUUACUGUUGAAGAUAUCUUGUCUGUAUUGAAGGCCAUUAAUCCUUCAAAAGCUAGUGGACCUGAUCAAAUUCCUGGACGGAUUUUAAAAGAAU